GCUCAGUUUGUCCCAACGAGCUCCCGUAGCUAUGAUAAACACUGACAAGCAGCUGUUCCUUUAGUGUUACGUUACAGAGCUCACGUGUGAAUUUUUACUGCGUGAAGAGCAGCCGAGUAACGCAGAAGAGGCCACUUUGUAUUGCUAAUACCACAAUGGAGCCAGUUAUUAAAAUAAACCCCGGAGCGACGAAGUGGGACAUUCGUCAGAAAAUCUGGGACUACAUAGAGGAGAAGAACCUCGCCAACUUCCCGAGGCCUGUUCACAACAGGAUCCCAAACUUCAAGACUGCAAAUCCAGCAUGCAGCAGGCUUGCAGACCUGCAGGUGUUCAAGUCCAGCCAAACAGUGAAAGUAAACCCAGACAGACCCCAGCAGCAGGCGCGAUUUAUUGCUCUGGAAGCACAGAAAACCUUACUGGUCCCAACUCCUCGUCUUCGAACUGGCCUUUUUAAUAAGAUUACUCCUCCCCAGGGGGCCAGCAAAGAACAGCUACGUGUAUGCUCUACAGCUCAGGGUGUUAAAGAUUUCAGCGUCCCUGUUGGUCUGGAAGCAAAGGUGAAGGUAGAUCUUGUGGUGGUUGGUUCUGUGGCAGUGUCUGAGAAAGGCCUGCGGAUUGGAAAAGGAGAAGGUUACGCUGACUUGGAGUACGGCAUGAUGGCUUCAAUGGGAGCUGUCAACGAGUCCACUGUGGUGGUUACUGUUGUCCAUGACUGCCAGGUUGUGGACAUUCCAGAGGAACUCAUAGGCAGUCAUGACCUGACUGUGGACUUCAUCCUUACACCCACCAGAGUUAUUACAACAAAUUGCCAAUUACCCAAACCACAAGGAAUUAUCUGGAUAAAGCUAGACGCCGAAAAGCUGGAGAAGAUCCCCGUCCUGAAGAAGCUGCGUGCCCUGGAGGAGGAGGCUGGAAAGGACGUGACACUGGGGGAGACGCCUGCGGCGCCGGAGCCCGGUCCACAGGCCACCGGUCGGCCCCGGAGGCCCGCCAGACGGAGGCCGAGGCCCAACAUGCAGCCGGACGCUGAGCGGGAUCCCAAGGAGGAGUCCAAGCAGGACGGGCGAGCAGAGGGGGAGCAGAAAGCCAGACUUCACCCACCUAGAGUCAGGAAAGAGAGCAGAGGGGAUGGUGGGGAGGGCAGCGAGGGGGAAAUGGCCGCGAGAGGGAAGGGAAAGAGCCGAGGGAACAGGGAGAAGGCCCCCGAGGAGGGCGCGAGGGAGGUCGCGUCCCAGCGGAAGCUUCCUCUGAGCGUGACCACGGUUUACCUGGGGGGGAUCCCCGCCGGGCUGCGCGUCAGCGAGCUGAAAACGGCCCUGAGGGAGAAGGAGGCCACGCCCCUGAGGCUCACCUGGCAGGGGGCUCAGCACAGGGCCUUCCUGGACUACAGCGACCCCCAGGCGGCGGAGCAGGCCCUGGAGUCGCUGCAGGGCCUCAGCCUGAACGGCCACAGCCUGCAGGCCGAGCUGGCCAAGAGCCAGAGGGGGGGCAAGCGCUCGGGCCAGCCCGGCAGGAGGCCGCGCGCCAAGGCGGCGCCCGCCGAGGCCCGGGGCGACGCCGCCGAGGCCGCCGAGCAGUGAAGGCGGAGGGCGGCGGCAGUGAGAGGGGGCUUCAAGAUGAGUUUAGUUUUUUAUACACACACGUCUGGAUUUCGGAGCAUAUAUUCCGGCGAUAGGAGCGAUAGCUAUGUAAGGCUUAGGAGCGUAACACGCAAUGCCUCACAUAUGAUGAAUUGGCAUUUCACUGCUGAAUCCCAGCAUUGCGUUUCACAAUACUUAACCAUACAGUUAUGUGCCUUGUUUUUCUAACACACAUCUCCUGGACUGUGUGUGUCUUCAUUCUUUGGAGGUGCUUUUUUUAGCAGUUCUUGGAAAUAAGCUGUAGUUGUUUGUCUUUGAAACCAUAGUGUGUAUGGAGUUUAUUUGUUACCAUACGAGUUCCUGGUAUAUUUUACUUUCAGACCCUCUUGCUUAUAGUUUUACCUUUUUUGUGAGGAGUUUGUUAUUUAACCCAUUUUUCUGCUUGCUGCCUGAAAUGUCUUAGUUUCUGUUGCAAGUAGCGUCACCAUGUGGUCAGGUGAGCAGUUUCUUCAAUCCUGUGCCAUGAAGCAUCAUUUUAAAAUUCUGAAUUCUCCAACAGAUUAUUUUUUUCUGAGACGGCAUCGUUUAUAGGAAUGCCCAGUUGAGACACAGAUGUCUUUCAGGUGCUAUAUGCCAAUUAUUAAAACAUUUUGUUGGCUUUCUGCUUUUUUGUGUAUUUUGUUUUUUUUGGAUGAGACGCUAACUCAGCAUUUAGUGGUACAGAGGAACUGUUCUGAUGCAUCUGUUUGUUACUUGGUAUUCAUUAACGUCCUCCACUAAAGUUUCUUGUCUGUAUUUUUCCAGUCUUGGUGUCAUUUUUGUGCUGCAAUUUGCUUUGAUUUAGAUAAUAUAGGUUGAUUAAUCGUUGUUCAAUGCAUUAUCUAAGAGGCAGCGCUGAAAGAAUCUCUGUCUGUGUUAUGACAGAAAAACAUGUUAAAUGUGUUCAACAGAACAUGUUAUAAACGCUAGUUCUCAGUA